UUUGGUUUUUAGGACAAAGUGAUUCAUCUCUUACUGGUUGAUAAAUUGCUCAACUCUGCUCAGGAUCAAGAUGACCAAGUUUCUGAACAUUUGCUUUUAACUGCUAUAACAUCUUUUGCUCAAGCCGAAAAUUUCUUAGCAAAGUUUCGUUGCCACAAACCUUUGCUUCCGGAGAUAGAUGACUUGAUGUGUAAAACUGCUGAUGACCUUCGUCCAACAUUAGAUAUUGAUCAUAUGCAGAAUAUCCUUCAAGAUGUACUUAUUAAGUGUUGGGAAAAGCUCCUUAAGAAACACUCACCAACGCUGCAGAUGGAUACAAGAUUUCAAGAUCUUCUUUUCAGAGCUUUGGAAUAUUAUAUUAUUGGAAGACUUCAUGAAACGCUAUGGUGGCUUGUUUGUGGAAGAUGCCAAGUAGUUGAUCAGAUAGUUAAAGCAAGAUUGUCUCACCUGCGACAUGCAAAUUUGUCACCCAUGCAGCUUGGUGUACCAGCUCAAUACCACACACCACUUCCGGCAGCUGUUGUGGAACUUGCAUCAUUAGCUAGUAUUGAGAGUGCCAUUGGCCGACUGCAGUGUGUUAGUGCUACCACAGAACUCAUCCAAGCUCAGGCAAAAGAAGCUUGUCUUACCCUUCAUCAGUACAAAGACCAAGAUGGGGAACCAGAAUUAACCAUGACACGUGAGGAGCUGGUGGCACUUCUAGCAACUGUUGUGGUUCAGGCACAGUGCUCCAAUUUGGUUGCCAAUAUCUACUACAUGACUCAUUUUGUGUUUUCUGUUACUGAGGAUGACCCACUCUGGCAAUGCCUUGGGCUCUUGCGACAGACGUUGGAAAAUAUUAUGAAGCUGGAUGUUGCUCGAUUACCACCUGUCACACAAACCUUGCGUAAAGAGCUCUCUCUUCAGGACUUGAUGCAGGUCAGCCAUGAAAUUGAAUCACGAUUUGAAAAUAAAGGAUCAAGCCGCAGUAUAGGAGACAUUACAGCACUAGAUUUGCAGCUUCAUCAGUUAACACAGCAGAUUCAGCUGUCAACACAAGCACUAUCAGAAACCCAGCUUACUGACAGGAAUUCACCUAGCCGUAGAUCUGAUCGUAUGAGCAUGUCACCUUCACAGGAUAGCACAAGGUCUCAGAGUUUCAGAGUAACCUUUGGUAUGCUCCAGAGGCAUUUACUGGACUCUGUUGUCUCAGUUACAGUUAGUGUGUGGUUUUUGGAGGAGGCUGCACUGAUCUGUGAAUUGGGGAGUGCCAUUGUCUCCAAUGGAUCAUGCAAACUUCUACCUCACCACUUUCACACCAGAAAUGUUUGUAACAGAGAUGGUAUUUUGGGCGAUGUGUGUAAGCCUGGUGUAAGUAUGGAGGUGUGA